CAAGGAAACAUGAAGACGUUCACACUGAGUUUUCUCCUGAGCCUUUCGGCUGCGGUGUUCUGCAUGCCGGUGUCGCAGCCUACAAACCAGGACGAGCAGUUUGCAGAGGACUACCUGAAGAGGUUUUUCAACCUGACAGAGGAAAGAGGUCCGUCGUUCAGAGGUGGCAUCAGCUCAGUGUCCAAGAAGCUGAUGGAGAUGCAGAAAUUCUUUGGCCUUCAGAUAACAGGGAACCUGGAUGCUGACACCUUGGCCAUGAUGAAGAAGCCACGCUGUGGCGUCCCAGACGUUGCGGAGUACUCCACUUUUGGAAACAAUGUGAAAUGGGACAAGAAUGACCUCACAUACAGGAUAGAGAACUACACACCAGACAUGCCUGCAGCAGAGGUAGAUGAAUCCAUUGAGAAAGCUCUUCAGGUCUGGGCCAAAGUUACUCUCAGAUUCACAAGGAUUUACAGCGGCAUAGCAGACAUCAUGAUCCUUUGGUUUUUUCAAACAGCACACGGUGAUUUUUACCCCUUUGACGGCCCUGACGGUACUCUUGCCCAUGCUUUCGCUCCUGGUCCUGGUAUUGGAGGAGACGCCCACUUUGAUGAAGAUGAGACCUUUACGUUCCGCUCCAACAGAGGCUACGUCCUCUUCGCGGUUGCAGCCCAUGAGUUUGGACACUCUCUGGGUUUGUCCUCUAAUGAUCCUGGUGCUCUCAGCCCUUUUUACUCGUACCGAAACCCAGACACGUUGUUUUUGCCAGAUGAUGUCAGAGGCAUCCAGUCGCUUUAUGGUAAAAACGAGGAUCCAGUUCCUCCUGGACCAACUGCUCCUCCUCCUGAUGCCUGUGAUUCCUCCCUGGUCUUGGAUGCUGUUGCCUCACUGCGAGGAGAGAUGCUGUUCUUCAAACGGAAUCUUUGGCGUAUCUACCCCCAGAGUUACACCCCUCAGCAAACUCUCAUAGCAAACUUCUGGCCCAGCGCCCUGAGUGUUGAUGCUGCUUAUGAGAGUCACCUCUUAGACAGAGUCUUUCUCUUCAAAGGUCGUCAAGUUUGGGCGUUCAGUGGCUAUGAUCUGGUUCAGGAUUAUCCCAGAUCCAUUUCCAGCUUUGGUUUGCCCAAGGACAUCAAGAAAGUCGAUGCGGCCCUCAAUGACCCAGAGACUGGCAAGACUCUGUUCUUCGUUGGCAGCAAUUAUUACAGCUACGAUGAGAAUACAAAGUCGAUGGACUCAGGAUUCCCAAAGCGAGUUGAUGAAACCUUCUCAGGAAUGACCAGGAAGGUGACGGCAUCUUUACAGUACAGAGGUUUCACCUACCUCUACAGUGGUCCCUACAUGUACGAGUUCAGCUCCAGGACAGGGCGGAUGCUGCGUCUGCUGAGAAACAGCUACUUCCUGCCCUGCACCAACUACUAG